UUUCUCUUGGUCUGACGUCGCUGGUCGACCUCCCUUUACACUUCCCGCAAGGCCAGUCGAACUGAGCUAUAUGUCCGCAAUUUCUCCAACAACACGCAGAUGGAUGUCUCCACCACCCAUCUAUGAAGCACCAGUUGCACGCGAAGGAACGACACUUACGCCUUAUCUUACACUUCCCUAUAUUCUUUCCCUUACUUGGCUUGCAUACCCGAUUAUUUCUGUGCUUUUCGUAGCAUUCCGACUCGCGAUAUCAUCUGCAUCUGCUCAAGACUCUGUUGCUGAUGCAAAGGCUAACUUGUUGGCUAGCUGUGCUGCAGCAGAAAAGGCGGCUACCGUGGCCGCGAGUCUGCCACGGUACAUGGCUAUCGGGACGAACAAGCAAAUCGCGGACGCAGUAAAUGGCACUAUGAAUGCUGCGCGUGCUACCCUUGUGUUGUCACUUACGAUAGUCGAGGGAAUUAUUAACUUCAUGAUUGACAUCUAUCGGUCGACGUUUUUCUGCUUCCUUGAAUUAGUUGUGCGCGGUGGUCUGUCGUUGCUUAUUGAAGCCGUUAAUGACAUUAACAACGUGCUGACUGGCACAUUCAAUACUAUCCGAACUGGAAUCCAGAACGAUGUCCAGUCUAUCAAUUCUGCCAUCCAGUCGGCUAUAAAUAAGAUUAACGACGUGAACCCGUUGGGCGACAUUUCUGCACCGCAGUUCAACGUUCCGGAUUUGAGCGCCCUUCAGAACGUGACACUGCCAGAUUCUAUCCAGUCGUCGCUGACGCAAUUGAAUUCUUCGCUACCGACUCUGGAUCAGCUAAGGGAUUCUAUCAAGGAUUUUGUCGAUACGCCUUUCGAGGACCUCAAGGCUGAUAUCAACAACACGUUCGCUGGCUUGGAUUUCAAUUCUCAGACCUUGUUCGUUCCCGACCAGGAGUCUAUGAGCUUCUGUGGUGAUAUGGACACUUCGGUUGUCGACGAUUUGGGCCGUGAUCUUAUAAAAAUCACGAAGAUUGGCAUAGUCAUCCUCGUCGUGCUUGCACUCUUGCUGCUUGCAGCCCACUGCGCUCUUGAAUGGUACAAAUGGCGUUGUUUGCAACAACACCUGGAAUAUACCCGUGAGGCGUGGGUAACUGAUCCGACGAUGAACAAUGCUGUGCAAAACGGCGAGACGCCAAGCUUGCGAAUGACGAACCAUAACCUCCUUGUUCUUGCGGGCAGCCAGCAGCAUCCACUUCUGAUACGUAUUUCCAACCAACUAGCUGGCCUCUUGCGGUUGUCACCGUCUCAGCACACUAAUUUGCAGUGGUUCUUCCAUUAUGUGUUUCAUCCGCCAGUACUUGCUGUAUUUUUGAUCGGUUUCCUUGGCCUUUUGUCCGUCGAAUUGCAGCUCCUCGCUGUUCACCCUAUUGAAGCGAAGUACUCGGAACGGGUCGCUUCGUCCGUUUCGGAUUUCUCGAAUACGAUUGCAACGUCCAUCAAUGCAAGCAUGUAUAACCAGUCGGCAACAUACGCGAAUCAAAUUAACACGCAGGUCAAUACGACGCAGACGACAAUCAACGAUGGACUCUUCGGAUGGGUCAACGGCACAACUACGACUCUGAAUGAUACAUUGGUCAACUUCUACUCGGAUGUUCAGAACGCUGUUUCUACAGUGUUCAACGGUACCGUUCUUGAAAGUCCGAUCCAGGAAUUUGUUCGUUGUAUCAUUGGCACUAAGAUUGAAGCUCUGGAGAAUGCGCUGACGUUUUUGCACGACAACCUUAACAUCGAUAUUCCACGCAUGAACGAAUCGGCUCUUGUACUCUCGCAAGCCGACGUUAACGAAGCUUCGAAGCCCAUUGCGAACGCUGCCGUUGGCGAUGGCUCAGACGGCAACCAAGGCCUUGUCGGCAAGCUCGUCGCCCGUUAUGUCGAUUCACUGAAGAAAGAACGACUCAUGUUCUCCGUUUUUAUUGGCUUAUGGGGUUUAGUUGUUGUUAUCGCAAUAUUGAUUAUCCUGUGGCAUUCGUAUGUGAAACCUGCAAGGGACGCACGCAAACGGCGGAAGUUCCGCAACGAGCAUCGAGAUUUCACUUCGUUCGUCACGCCGUACAAACCUGAGGAAGCUCCUACGUAUUCAACGGAGAAGAAAUUAGACGAGAAGACACCUCAGGUUGAAGGGUUCCUCAACGUUAACUUACGUUCGCCGACUGCUAGGCGCUCACAUGAGCACCAGCAUCAACGCUCGUGGGAUAGCUUGCUCGACUCAAGCACCGGAGGUAGUUCUAACGGAGCUCCCGCAAAGAUCAGUAAGCCUCGGAAGCUUACGGCAAUUGGUUCCAAGGCUGGACGGGAACGAUUCGUCAGCGAUGAGGAACGCGUUCGCAUGCAGAACGCUGCAGCGAAUAGCGGGGAAGACGAUGCGAAGGAACAGUCUGGAUGGAUGAGGCGCCUUACCAACGCCUUCCGGAGUAGAUCCUCCGUCGAGAGUAGUAGCAGCGACGAAGCAGACUCACUCGGUGGUGGUAGCACACGGUCGAGCGAUGGUUCUGGAGGGAAGCAGCUUCGUCAACGUCCAAAUUUAACAAUCCGAACGAGCUUAUCAAACGCAGCAUUUGCCAACGUGGCACGCGAUCGACUUCCGACUGCUGGCGAGGCACCACCCACAGCUACCCCUGGUACAGUGCGAGUGCAGAAUAACCCUCCCUCGGCAUGGUCUAUUUCUCCCGCACCGCCGCGCACGCUUCCUUGGUUGCCGAAUCCUACGAGCACUGCUGGAAAGCGUCCGAAAGGCAGAGGCAAGGGCAAGCUUAAGUUUGGUGGUCUUCCGCAAAGCCCGAGACCGACACAGCGGGCUGCGAACGCGAAUGUUACUAGUCCUUCGGGGUUUGUUGGGAUGAACGGGAGUCAUGAUCCGAGUGCGAUUGGUGCUUUCCCCAUGCCCGGUACUGCUACGACUGGGCUCAGUCAGUCAGGCGUUCCGUCGUAUUACCACUCUUCUCUCCCUCAUCACCCUCAGCGCGAUUCACUCUUGCCAGAGAACACACUUGUGAUGUCCAAUGGCGCACGGAGACAUAAGCGUACGUCCUCAGUGCCAUUACCCAAAAUUGGCAGUGGACCCAAAUCCCCUGCUGCUGCAGCGGGUGGUAAUCCAUUCAAGACGCCAUUUGACGAUGACGCACGAGUAAUACCAGAGAACUGGCCUCAACCACCCUCAGGUCCACAUCCAUCCAUGGUACACGCACAAACCCCUACAACCGCAAAUCCGUUCUCGCCUAAGGCUAUGUAGACAAUCGUAAUCGGACUAUUUCUUUUCCUGUUUUAUUCCUAUUAACGAGUGUUUUGUCACUACAUCCAUACUAUUGUUUAGCUGACGUAUAAUUGAAACAUGAGAUGUGACUUUUUAAUUCCGGGAUGUUUGCCUCCUUUCCUUUCUUUUUGUCCUUCACAAAUACAUAAUUCUCCAUUCCUUUGCUCUCCACUCAACUUCCAUUGC